ACGACCGCGCUCUCUAUCGGCAGUUUCCCGUUUACAUCAGAUUUAUAAAACGUCACAGAUGGAAUUUAUUGAUGUCCAUUUUGUGGUAAAAUUAUUUCUGUGAAGACUUGUAAAUCCAUUUAAUAUGCCGAAAAAUAAAGGGAAAGGAGGAAAGAACCGUAGGAGAGGGAAAAAUGAAAAUGAAACGGAAAAACGUGAACUAAUUUUCAAGGAAGAUGGCCAGGAAUAUGCACAAGUUACAAAAAUGUUGGGCAAUGGAAGGUUAGAAGCUAUGUGCUUUGAUGGGGUAAAAAGAUUGUGCCAUAUUCGAGGGAAGCUAAGGAAGAAGGUGUGGAUAAAUCAGGGUGAUAUAAUUCUGAUAGGUUUAAGAGAUUAUCAAGAUGCCAAAGCUGAUGUAAUAUUAAAAUAUACACCAGAUGAAGCUCGAAAUUUGAAAACAUAUGGAGAAUUCCCUGAGUCUGUUAGGAUCAAUGAAACAGUAACUUUUGUCGAGGAUGGAUUUGAUGAGGACAUUGAAUUCGGUGAUGAUAUUAGCUCAGCUGAUGAGGCCGACCCAGUUGAUGGCAUCUGAUAACAAAACCUUAGUUUCCAAAUAUCAAACAAUAGUUGUUACUUCGUAUUAUAUGAACUUCUGAAAGUUUAGACAGGAUCGAUUAUUAAAUUGUUUACUUUGCUGUUAAAUUCAAGUAGAGAGUUAUGAAUAGGUUAAAAUUAAAGGAAUCUAAAUUAUUUAUCUGAUCAUACUCUGAAUUAUCCUAUAGAAAUUUUGCGUUGUAAUAUAAUUUUGUAUGAUAA